AUAUUAUAACAUUGUUUCUUCAACGGCUGAGAAUGAAGCAAUGUUGGCAAAACCUGACAAGAAAAUUGUGUGAAGAUUCCUUGGAACUUUGCAUGAUUGGACCUUCACUCUGAUUAUUUCCAUAUAUAAAAGCCCUCCAAAAGUUCAUAACUCCCCUUGUGGUCUGGAAAUGCCUCAUCACAAUUCUCACUUAUAGCAAUGAAUUCUUCUUAAGGGUUUUGGUAUUUAGUUUGUAAUACUGUGCUGCACUAGUUUAGUGUAGCUUUUGAGUAAAGGAUCUGGGGUCUGAAAAUCUUCCAUAGAUUCUUUAGAUCCUUGUGUUCUUGGGUUUCUUUUUCUACAAGCAACACCAUGUAUACUUGUAGAAGUAGAAAUAUGCUUAUGGGGUCUUGAUUAGUGCAAAACUAGCUUGACAAUGUUCUUCCAUACCCAAAAUCGUCCAACUUUUCUUCUCGGUGUUCUAACCGUAAACAGAACCCAAAACAGAACCAAAUCAAGCCCAUCUAUAGCUGUACAAGUAUCCUCAGUUCUACAAACUAAUGGAAAAGGUGGAAAUGGGAAUGGAAAUCUGUCUGAUCAACCCAAGAAAGGCAUGGCUCUAAAAAAGCGUCAAGUCUCUAAUUUUGUACUAAGCCAACCAAACACUGUGGGAAUCAUAGGAGGAAUGUCUGUAUAUUCUAGCCUACUUUUCUUGGAGAAGCUUGUUUGGUGGAGUUUGAAAGACGGAGGUGAAUGCCCUCCUUUCCUUGUGUGCAGUGAUACAACACAAUACAAAGAGCUUCCGAUUCGCAGUUUGUUUCAAUCACUCAGGAGAAAAUCUACUGAGAUCAAAUAUUCAAGCAACAAUUGGGCCAUCAUUGACAGCUUGUGUCGAAAAAGGGCAUUCCUAGAGAACUCUGGGGCUCAAUGCAUAGUCAUGCCAUGCCAUCUGUCUCAUGCUUGGCAUGAACAGAUUUCUCAGGACUGUUCUUUGAGCUUCCUUCAUGUUGGUGAGUGUGUUGCUAGAGAGCUCAGAGAAGCAAAGAUGAAGCCACUCGAAGCUGGGAGUAAUGUGAGGAUUGGGGUGCUUGCUGCUGAUGCAACUUUAACAGCUGGUUUUUACCAGCAGAAGCUAAGAAAUCAGGGCUUUGAGGUUGUUGAACCAGACAAAGCAACAAUGGAACAUGUCAUGAUUCCUGCAAUCGAGGCAUUGAAGAGAAGGGACAUGGAAGGGGCACGCAAUCUGUUAAGAAUCGCGGUGCAGGUUCUGUUGGUGAGGGGAGUGAACAUUGUCAUCAUCGCUGCUGAUGAAUUGCAGGGUGUUCUGCCUCAUGAUGAUCCUCUUCUUAAGAAAUGUAUUGAUCCCAUGGAUGCCUUGGCCAGGUCAACCAUAAAAUGGGCAAAGGGCACAGGAAACGGUGGAUGAAGAUAGCAAAAUGAGCAGCAGACCCAAACAUGUAUAUAAAAUCUUGCUGUCAUUGGUGAUGGCUUUGUGUCCAUAAACCAAGCUAUGCUUCACCCUCUCUCCACAAAAGCAUUUAGAUCUUGAAAAUCAACUGGAGUAAUCAAAGAAUGAAGGACUUGAAAAGCAACACACCUGAAGUUGAUCAAGAUUCAAUGACUAGGAGUCGGGUUAUUCUGUGUUUGUACAAUAUGUUAUGCUUUGUCUAGCUUCCCUGCUCAUACAUUGAAAUUUAUUGUAAUAAAUCAAGUUCAACCCACAAGAGAAGAAAACUAGUAUAUUAAGUAAAUUACUUAUGCAUUUAUAAGAUUCAAAACAUAUAUAGUUAUACAGGUAGUUAUAUACACAGACGUUACAUCUGGAAGAGUAAUGUGAU